UUACACCCAGACCUGGAACCAGAGAGUCUUUCCUCUUGAUCGUUCUAAUCGAAACAAAGAAGACGAAGAAGAAGUGAGAAUUUUCUCAUUUGGAUUUGACUCCGUUCAUCUUCCUUUCACUAGUGUGAUCCAUCUCAGAGAUGAUUUUAAGACACCAAGAGAAAGAAGAGAAGAUGGGUGCUCUUGCUGCUGAGGAUUCGUCCGAGCAAUUUUGGCGAAGUACACUUUCGCAACAACGGCGUGAAUUGAAAGAGCUCUUGGAAAAUUGGGGUAAGAUGGCAUAUGAAGAUAAGGAUUCGGUAGUCCAUGAUUAUUUUUAUUUUCUGUAUACUACAAUUCAUAAAGACAGAAGCGAUGUAAAUGCUGAUUUGCGAAUUCUAGAGGAUCUUCAAACUUUAUUGGAAGACAAUAUUGUUGACGGGGAAAGAAAUUAUACUCAAUAUCAGGUUGCGCUUAUUCACAUUCUUAAAAAAAUAGGCAUGAUGCUCCAAGAGCUUCGCUGUAUCUUAAAGGAAGGUAUAGUCAGCCCAGAUGAUGAAAUUGGGAAAUGGAUUGAAGACCAGCUACAUAAUGAGGAACGAGAAGGAUACCCUAAUUAUGUUCAUGGGUUCGAACGACAAGUGGUGAAACAAGCAAAUGCCAUAGGGAUUCCGAUUAAUGAAGAAAUAAUAACCUUCAAAGAAAUCAGGAAUGGAAAACCGCAUGAAAUUAAAGACCGGCUCAUGGUGUAUUAUAAAGAACUAGAGAAAGCCGAUAACAUGCCGCAAGACAAUGUAGAUUGGAUCUCUCGUGGUCCGGAAAUGUGUGAAUUUACUAAGGAAAUGAUAUCUGAACUGAGUCAUAGAUAUUUAGUGAAACCUGAUGAUGACAUCAAGGACAGACGAGAUGGUGUUCGGACCACUAUCCAAGCAGUUGAUAGUUCCAAGUGCUUGCUGAAAUGUGGGGCAUAUUCCCAAUUUUCCCCUUCUACAACCAGUACUAACCAUCGAGACCAAGAGAAAGAAGAAACGAUGGAUGCUGCUGCUGCUGCUCCUGCUAAAAGUAAAGCUGGUGCCGAGGAUUUAACCGAGCAAAUUUGGCGAAGUAGACUUCGGCAACAUAGUUUUGAGAGAUACAGCCAAUUGAAUUUCCUUUGUUCAAACUUCAGGCAUGAAUUGAAAGAUCUCUUGGAAAAUUGGGGUAAGCUGGCAUAUGAAGAUAAGGAUUUGGUAGUCCAUGAUUAUUUGUACUUUCUGUAUACAACUAUUCAUAAAGACAGAGGCGAAAGCGAUGAUCUUCAAACUUUAUUGCAACAGAAUAUUGAUGACGGGGAAAGAAAUUAUACUCAAUCUCAGGUUGCACUCAUUCACGCUCUUAAAAUAAUAGGCAUGAUGCUCCAAGAGCUUCGCUGUAUCUUAAAGGAAGGUAUUGUCAGCCCUGAUGAUGAACUUGGGAAAUGGAUUGAAGACCAGCUACGUAAUGAGGAACGAGAAGGAUACCUUAAUUAUGUCCAUGGGUUCGAACGACAAGUGGUGAAACAAGCAAAUGCCACAGGGAUUCCGAUUAAUGAAGAAAUAAUAACCUUCAAAGAAAUCAGGAAUGAAAAACCGCAUGAAAUUAAAGACCGGCUCAUGAUGUAUCAUAAAGAACUAGAGAAAGCCGAUAACAUGCCGCAAGACAAUGUAGAUUGUAUCUCUCGUGGUCCGGAAAUGUGUGAAUUUAUUAAGGAAAUGAUAUCCGAACUGAGUCGUUGACGUUUAGCAGAGCCUGUUGAUGACAUCAAGGUAAAUGCUCUGCUCACGGUUCUUGGCAUGUUUAUAACAUAUAUUAUCUUGUAAUGGCACAGCUCACUGACUGAAUUUAUUUUUUCCCCAUGAUAUGUGCCGAGGUAAAAUCUGUUCUCAGCAUGUAUCUUAACCUGUAUCAACGUUAAAUGGAAGCUUAUUGAUUGAAAUUUAUGUGUUAUUUACUUUAUAAUUUUUGCACAUCAUAGCUCGCUGCACAUGACUCGACGGGACAAAAAAGAAAAAGGGAGGUGAGCUCUGCUAUCUAGUUUUGUGUUUGAUAUCUAUCCUAAUUCUCUGAGCACGUAUUUGUGGCUUAAGAAGUGCUUUAUUGAUAGUCUGGAACCUAGGAUUUUUCACAACAUUCUUGCUAGAAGUGUAUAGUGAAUGUUCGUUGUCUCUACAUAUGCUUUAAUUGUAUGAGAAAUACCCUGUCUCCAAUCUACAGACUUUACAUUUUCCCAUCUCUGAUAAGUUUUUUUAACUGUAUUUAUGAAUGGUCAUUUUAGUGGUUUUGAAUUGAUGUUGUGUAUUUAUUCUUGAUUUUACUUAGGAGCUGAAGCCAGCGUCAGAUCAGAGGGAAUCUUGUUCUCUGGAUAGCUGAUGGCAUCCUGGCUUAAAAGCUUUUUACUAUCACCAGUUUGAUCAUUUUACUUGCUUCCUUUCAUAGUGUUGCAUGGCCAUUCAAGUUCUCUUCUGCUAUAAGUUUACGCUCGAUAUCCAUUUAAAAAGUGUCUUUCACUAUAUCAGAUGUCUCUCUCUUUCUUUUGCCUAAUUAUAAGAACACGUGUUUAGUGAUUGCUGAGAUGGUGAUAGAAAUAUUUGAGCAAGCAGAGUUUAGUACCGCUGAAUGUAAAUGAUCUGCAAAAAGUUUUGUACACUAGCUAUUAUCACUCGCUGUAAAAUGAGCACUGUUUGUGGGCGUCUCCACAACUUUUUUGCGGUCCAUAUUUGUGAUCCGUAUGUUGCAAAGUUAGAGUAUAAAAAUUUUAGACUCUUUUUAUAA